AUAAAGUUUACAUCAACAUCACUGGCCCCAACCCCAACAUCAAUCUCUGAGUCACCAUCAUGACCCCUCCUAGAGUCAAUAACAGUAUCCGUGAAAUUCAAUUUGUUCAUCAAGAGGGUGGACAUGCAAAUCUACCUUGUCUCAUGAACAACACAAGAAUGCAGCUGCAUACAGAUCAAAAGUCUAGCUAUAACAAGUGGUACAUGCGGCUUCUGGUGGUUAAUUAUAUGUGUCUCUUUGUGGGGUCACUUUCUUCUAGUUUGUUAUCUAAAUACUAUUUCAUUCACAAAGGCUCAAGCAAAUGGGUCUCAACUUGGGUUCAAACUCUUGGCUUUCCUCUCUUGACGAUCCCAAUUUUUCUCCCUUAUCUCCUUAAAUUCACUAAGAGGAUCCCCUUCUCUGAUUUCACUCCAAAGAUGUUACUCAUGUCUGUUUCAAUAGGUGUUAUGCUAGGAUUUAACAAUCUUUUCUUCUCAUGGGGAAAUUCAUAUCUUCCGGUUUCAACCUCAGCCCUUCUGCUAUCUUCCCAACUGAUUUUCAACCUUCUUUUCUCUGUCAUCAUUGUGAAACAGAAAAUAACAUUCUCAAACGUUAACUGUGUCAUCCUUCUCACCUUAAGCUCCAUCCUCCUAGCUUUAGACUCUAGCCAAGAGAGGCCACAAGGGAUAACUAAAAAGAACUACUUCAUUGGAUUCUUUUGCACCAUUGGUGCAGGCUUGAUGUUUGCCUUGUAUUUGCCAGUGAUGCAGAGGGUUUACGAGAAGGUUUAUUGCUAUGGAGUGGUGAUGGAAAUGCAGGUUAUCAUGGAGGCUGCAGCAACAGCAUUGGCCACAGUUGGAAUGGCAUGCGAGGGUGGAUUCUCCAAGAUGAAGGAAGAGAGCCAAACGGUGUUUGAUAAGGGUUCAAAAGUUUAUUGGGUGACUGUGAUGGGAAAUGUGGUGACGUGGCAGCUGUGUUUUAUGGGAACUGCAGGAAUGGUGUUCUUGACAUGUUCAUUGACAGGGGGGAUUUGCAUGACAGCGUUGUUGUCCAUGAAUGUGUUGGGAGGGGUUGUAGUCUUCGGAGACAACUUUGGUGGUUUCAAAGCUGUGUCCACUCUUCUCUGCAUUUGGGGCUUCUGCUCUUAUGUUUAUGGCAUCUACAAGUUCAAACACACGGUGGAAGUGGAACAACACAUAUCUCCUACCAGGAACAGUAGUAAUGGUUCAUCCACAGAGAUGAUCCACAUCCUGGAACGUGGUGCAACUUAUUGAACUAUGCAUUUGCAACUAUAUGGUAUAGUUUAUAGUGUCAUCUUUGUCUAAUAUGUAAUUUAGCUAGAUUGACCGAGACUGCCAAUUGUUAAUUAUAUAUGUGUGUGCCAGAAUAAUAUCAUCGAGAUUCUUCUU